CCUGCAGCUCUUCCUUCGGUGCUGAUUCCACGACCUCCCGUCGUCACUAUUAUGGGUCAUGUUGACCAUGGCAAGACCACACUUCUGGAUGCAUUGCGAUCAAGUCGCCUUGUGGAUAGUGAAUUCGGUGGUAUUACUCAACAUCUGGCUGCUUUUAGCGUCACUUUGGAUGAGGCUGAGAGAGCAGCUUGUAAUUCUCCUAACUAUUCGCCAAUUGGUAUAUCGUAUCCCAAGGCUGCAAUUUCCAGCAUCACCUUCCUUGACACACCGGGUCAUGCCACUUUCACUGCAAUGCGAGCUCGUGGAGCCAAGGCUACUGACUUUAUAGUUCUUGUUGUUGCCGCUGAUGAUGGCGUUAUGCCUCAAACUGUAGAGUCUAUACGACUUGCAAAGGAUUCCAACGGUGGGAAAUAUGAACUCUUUAUUAUUCAAAACCUCUUCCGUACAUAG